UUAAUUGAUACUUGUAAGCCCCAAUUGUGAAAGAAGACGUAAAAUAAAACCCCAACCAAAACCCUCGAGACCGCGCUCCAGCGCCACCUUUGGAACGACAACCCUGCCUUGUUCAAUGGCGAAACGACGCCGUGAGCUGGAUUACGAUGGCGCAGCUGCAGAAACGGCGGAGAUCAACACAGUGUUCGUAGACACCAGCCUCGGCACGCACCUCGCCAUACUCGUCUGCAGCUCUGAUACAGCUUCGGACUUAAAAAAGAAGGUGGCCGUGGAGCAUAAGCAAUGCUUUCCGGAAAUUGGUGAGAUACAGAUCCAUUCUGUGAAGGUAAAACGCAGGUCAAGCUAUUAUCAUCUGCCAGAUAGUAUGCUUGUUUGGAGUGCAUUUCACGGGAUAAAAAGAAAUUGGUUUCUUGCGAUCGAUGCCUCCAAUGUUCCCAUAUGUCUCUCAAUCAGAAGUUCUUUGGAGCUUGGCACAAGUAGUGGUGUGAAGACUGGUAUGACUGAUAUUGAUGAUGAUUGCAGAGGUUUCAUAUCUGAUGCGAACAAGAAGGACAUCAUUUCUUUUGCUUUGCCAGAUUGUGCUGCUGAAAAGAACGCUGUUUCAGAGUUGAUUGCUAAGCCUAAGGUUGACCAUGGAGGUAUUUAUUCAGAGGAACAUUGUAUGGGAACCAAGUCUCCUUUGAAGAAGAAGCGUAAAGUGAGACACACAAAAGAUGUAUUUCAUAAUUCUGGAUUGGGAAAUGGUGAUGCCAUGUCUCGUCCAAAUGGUAAAGAUGUGAAGCCUAAUAUGCCUGACUCAAUUGCUAAGGUCUCAGGUAUGAGGAAUGAUCAGUAUGGUGUUGAGGGCAGGCUUGUAUCUGAGGAAAGUUAUCUACUCAACGUGGCAGAAAAAGGUCAUUUGAGAAGCAUUUUGGACUCCCAGAACCUAAAUGGUUCUGAUAGAAGAAAAGAUGACAGUGGGUUGGAUCAUGGACUGGGCGAAGAUGUUCAUCCAUUGGGGGUUGUUUCAGUUAUGGUACCAGGUUCUUCAGCUAGAAUGAUGGAUACCAGUGGUGGAGGUGGAGAUAUCAAUCUUCCGGGGGGAAAGAGGAAGAAAAUGAAAGCCAAGAAAACAGCAGCAAAAGUUCAUGAUAGGACAGAUAUGGAUCAGAUCAGAAAAGGUGAAAGGAUCAAGCCUUCUACUGAUAAAAUGGAAGAAGGAUUUGGCUUGUCCUUAGAGCAUAAUCAUGAUCAUGAAGUAUUAAUGCCGUCAAAUAGCAAAGCUCCAGACCAUGUUGGUCCAGAUUUAGCACCGAAUGAAGCAAGCUUUUUGCAGGAUGCAGAAAAGAGUAAUUUUAGCAUUGUGAAUUCCCAUAAAAUUUUACGUUCUGAUGAGAGAAAAGAAGAGAAUGCAUUAGAGAAUAAAGUAGACUAUGAACUUGGCCAGGAUGUUCCUACAGUGCAUUCAGGAGGUGUUUGCAUUAACAUUUCAGAUAUUUCUGCUACAUUGAUGGAUGUUGGUGGCAGCACAGGAGAUACCAAUAUUGAUGGGAAGAAGAAAAAGAAAAACAAAGUUCACAAAAUUGCAAAAGUUCAGGAUACAAGUGAUGUGAAGCAGAUUAAAAUUGGUGAAAUGGAUAAGCCUGAUACUGAAACUAUUAGGCCAGAAGAAAAGGGUGCAUCUUUAGAGCAUGAUAAUGAAGUUAUACUGCCUGCAGACGGCAAAGAUCCUAACCAUGUUGAACCAGAUUUAGCACUGAAAGAGGCCAGUAUUAUGCGGGAUGCAGAUACUGUAAUGGAGCCUGAAAUCUCCAGUUGCAUUAAGUUGAGAAAGAAAAAGAAGCGGGAAAAGAAGUCUGUCGGCACUAAUAUAGAGAAUUCAGGCAUUAAAGAAAUUCCUAAUGGCAUCAGAGGUUCUUUGGACUUGCCUUCUCCAUCACGGGAUCAUAUCACCAAGGGAACAGGAAAAGAAGUAAGCACCAGGCGCAAUGAAGGAAUGGAUGUUGAGAUGAGAUUGUUGGAUGCCUCCAACCAUGAUGUUCAGGAGAAAGUAUGGGAUGUAAAUAGAAAAGAAGAAGAUUUAGUAGAGACUCAAGCAGAGCGAACUUUGGAAGAAGUGAGUGUUAGAAAUAAAAUGAUGAAAGAGAAGACCAAAAGUUCUCCUGGUGUUUGCCGUGCAGUUUUUCCCACUGCAGAAACAGAGAAUACCAUUAUGGAGUCCAAUAAAGCGGACAAGGACAAUGAGAAUACUGAGAAUAAAUCUAGAAAAGCAACAAAGAAAAGAAAGAAGCAAAAGCAUACUGCAACAGAUGUCCAAGACAACUUGCCAGUUAAGGAUCAACAGGUUAAUAAUGAACCUGUAACAUCAAAGGAAACUUCAAUUGCUUUCGCAAAUUCUGAAAUAGAGGGCAGAUAUGUUGAUUCAUCCCAACUUCUGUCUCGUAAAAAUGAAGAAAAGGUUGAUGAGAAUCAUGAGCUUGUCCUAAAGACUGAUGGUCUCAAAAAAAAUACUGAAGAGGGCGAUGAAGGAAUCAACUUCAAGCAUUACUUUGUGGCUGACCAACUCCAGAAUCAAGUUGAUUUCAGUAACAAGGUAAGAAAGACUACCAAGUUAAAGAGGAGUUCAACAAAAGCUAAAGAUAAUGAUUCACCUUCUAUAAACAUCUCAGCUGAACUACAGAACUCCAUAACUGAUCGGGAUGAAAUGACUCAUAAUUCUUUCAAAAGAUCUUCAGAAGCUGUUGUGAAAGGGCUGAAAAAUUCUUGUCCUGAGUUUUGUGAGAUGGCUCGUCAGGAACCCAAUGACAUUGUUUCUCCUUCAUCCUUUCAGAACAAAAACCCUUCUUUGGAUAAAUUAAGCUCAGAAAGGUCCGAGACAUUACACAAGAAUAGGGGAAAAGAAAGACUGCUCCCUGGUCAAAGUGUAACAAAUAUGAUGCUGAUGAAGACCCCAAAGAAAAAGAGUUUGUUGGCUACAGGAGCAAUUUUUCAGGAAAAUAGUGGUGAAAGUUCUGGGGAUGACAAUGGAACCAUGCAUUCGGAUGAUAGCACCCUCAGUCCAUCAGAUAGUUCAUCCAUGUCAGGUGACUCUGCCGGGGAAAGUGAGUUAAGUCAGAAUUCAAAUAGCAAUGGAUCCAGUGACGCAAAAGAAAAAUCCAUGUCAAAGUUAGAGGAGGAUUUGACGAUGGAUGUGAUCUUAAGAAGCUCAAAGCGGUUCAAGAAGGCAAAGGAAGUUGCCUCUCAGAGCGAAACCCAGCCCAUCGAAUUUGUUCCUGAUAGUCAGCCCUUUUAACCUCCCCGCCAAAAUAAAUAAAUAAAUUGCAGGAAAAGGGAAAAGAAAAGUAUUAACUUUCCCCCCCCCAUUUUUGUAGGUGUUCGUUGAGAGUAAGAUGCCGUAGACUUACACCUUGGAGAAAGAUUACCUUCCUCAGUUUUGGGUGUUGAGAGAGGAAGAUGUCCCGUUUUUUUGUUUUCUUACAACAUUUGUGCUUUGUUUAAUUGCUUUAGCAUAAAAUAACCACCGUAUUCAACCAUUUUGAUUCUCUUUAAUCAAAUUAUGUAGCAUCUUGUGUUACUCUGUAAA